AAACCCAUGAUUUGACAAUCAAUGAUUGCGCGAUACUUUCAAUUUGAAUAUUCAAAGGCUUAACAAAAUGGACUAUCUUCUGCAGAAAUCCUGCACAAAGGCACCCCACAGAGAGUCUAGAGAAACAGGGAGUGAGGCCCCUUUGGGUACUGGCCCUUGCUUUUAUUUUAUUUUGAGCAUUUUGUCCCCCUUCCCACAGAUAGAGCAGAUGCCCUCAAAGAUGCUCUGUAUUUCAGCCUUCAGGGCAGCUAGGGAGCCGUGAGUGACUUAGGCUGCACCCUCGGUGAACGUCAGAGCCAGAGUGGCUGGCUGGACUGAUUCCCGCAUACCCCAUCUGUGUUUUGAGGGGAAAUCUCAGGUUUUGGGGAGUGAACAUGGCAGCCAGGGGGUGUGGCACAGCAAGAAGUCGCCCUGGGCCCAGGUGGCAGGCCAGAGGCCCAGCAGAGCCCUACAUUCUGCGCCUCCUAUUUUUCUGGCCGGGCCUGGCCACCAGCGAGCUUCCCUCCCCCUUGCAUCCGGCUCUUCCUGGGCUGGACACUCUGGGGUUUCGCUCAGAAUGCCUGCCGGUUGAGACCCUUUGCUCUCUCCACAGACCUGAGGAUGCCUGGAGCCUCCCGCUCUGGAGACUUUCUGAAUCUGGGUUUCACCACUGCACUGCAAAGUGCCCUCUUUGCUUUUUCUCCCUCUAGAGCCACCCCUGCCUUUUUGCUGUAGGACCACAUGUUAGGAAACAGUGUCAAGUCUGACUCCUGCUUCUUUUAGCUGAAAGGAUGUAGAUGUGGGUUCAAGUCCUAUUGUGGUGAGAAGGGGGAGGGACUUGGAAUCAGGCUUUCGCCUUGGUCCAGGCCCAAGCCCCUCACUAAUGACUUGGGAUUCUACUGGGUCAUUUUCUCUGAGUACUUACUGUGCCUCUUGCAUGUGAUCUGGAAGUGAGGACACAGGUGUAGUCCAUAGAAGGAGAGAGUGCCAGGCCAAGUCCUUUCAUAGCCACCCAUUCCCUCCACGGAAGGGGGCAGUAAGAGAAGACUGAGAGACAGGGUGGAGUUCCCUUUGCAAAUAACCAAGAUAUUCCCAGGAUGCCAGACCAGGCCACAGUUUGAGGCCUCUGCUCUUUGUUCCCUGAGUUCUUGGAAAUGCAAAAAGUGUAGUUUAGCCCCAAAGACCUCUAGAAAAACAUUGGUGUGCCCAAAUGUGUCAGGUACAGGGUAAACACACAGAGCUUAGGGAAAGUGCAACUGAGAAUGACAAGACAGAUAGGAAUUGCUUGGCAGCCGAAGCCACAUCUCUGGGGAGAAAGGAGCAGGCCUGGGAACACUAGAGGUGGCACCUGGCAGUGGAGGGCAGGAUGGAUGUAUUGAAAUCUGACAGCCUCCGGAGCUUCUUUCUGCAAAUGCCCCUGAGCCUGUGUCCUAGGUUUCCCUGAUGGACCAGACCUGAGGAGGGGUAGGACAAUGGGAGUGGAGAAAGCUCCUCCCCCCGCUGCAUGCCCUUUUCCCAGAGGAUUGGGAAGUGCCCAGGCAUUGCCCCCUCUGAAGGAACAGUGAACCAAGCAGCUUAUAACCUAGGGAUGGUCUCUUGUCUUCAUAGCUUCUUCCAUUACUUUUCUUUUCUGCUCUCCCCCUUUUGUUAUGAUCUUAUUUUUUGGUUUGCUUCAUAAAACCUUCUUUUUUGGUUGCAUUUUUAUUUCUUUCCGUGUUUCUUUGUCUCUCUUCCUGUCUCUGCUUUAUUCCAUUUCUUGUCUGCACUACUGGCCUUCUCCCAGGCUUCACAUGUCUCUCUGUUUCCCUGUGCUGGGGUGUCCUCCCAAUGCUUUCAGGCUUCAUCUCCUUCCAAACCUCUCCUUUCAUGUGGAGAUGGACAGGGAGGGCAGGAGCAUUGAGUUCCCUUGGCAACAACAUCAAAGAUGAUGCUGAUGAUUGGCUACCCUGUGGAGAAGACAGUCCAGGCUGGGCGAGAGGGGAGCUCCUUGGAAGUCAUGGGGUCUAUAGGGACUGCAAGGAUCUCUUUGUCCCAACCUCUAGCAGCCUUCCUGGAUGCUUUGUUGGCCUUGUUUCUGGGAUGGCCAUCUCUAUACAAUGCAGCACCUGAUGCCCAGUGCUGUUGCUGGCUAGCAAUUUCAGAAAACUAGAUUUGCCUAGGCCUGAGCCCUGUUUUGAGAAAGAAGCUUCCCUCCGGUUUUUAGUCCAACAUUAAUGAGUUUUGGUUCCUGUUGUUUCUAUAAUUACGAAACUCCAGCACAGGUAUUUAAGAGCCAAAGGCCAUGCUUGUGGAAGUAAGGGAAAAUCUUCCUAAAUGGAUCCUGGGAGUCCUCCUUAGAGAUCUGAGUGGAUGAUCAGGCCCGGAGCAACCCUGAGAUCCUAGGUGCCCACAGCUUUGGCAUCUUCAUAGGAGACUCAUAGGAGACUUCAUAGGAGACUCAUUAUUGUUCACUGGACAUCAGGUGCUGUAUUGUAUAGCAUUCCCAUUCCACAGGUGAGGAAACAGGCUCAGAGGAAUAAGUGACAUGCCAAGAUCUUUGAGCAUAUCAGUAGCAGAAUUAGGAUUCAGACUUUGAUAGGUCUAACUCCAAAGCGCUUGCUCUUUUUUUCGAGACGGAGUCUCACUCUGUUGCCAGGCUGGAGUGCAGUGGUGUGACCUCGGC